UCUCUCUCUCUCUCUCUCUGCGCAUAUCUUCUUCAUCAUGGAAAAUGUUGCACAUUUCUUGUUUGGCAUUUUUGGAAAUGUUUUCGCCAUGUUCCUCUUCUUAUCUCCAGCAAUUACAUUCUUCAGAAUCAUAAAGAACAGAUCUACUGAGAAGUUCUCCGGCAUUCCUUAUGUGAUGACACUGCUGAACUGCCUCCUCUCUGCUUGGUAUGGCUUGCCGUUUGUGUCCCCCAACAAUUUAUUAGUUUCUACCAUCAAUGGCGCUGGAGCAGGAACCGAAAUCGUAUACGUUCUGAUCUUCAUCACGCUGGCACCCAAGAAAGAAAAGGUUAAAAUCAUCGGACUCUUCUCCGCCGUGCUCAUAGUAUUUCUCGUCGUCGUCGUGGUCUCUCUCUUUGCACUGCGCGACUAUCCCAGAAAACUCUUGUGCGGCCUCCUGGCAUCUAUAUUCUCCGUUGUCAUGUACAGUUCACCCUUCUCAAUCAUGAGACUGGCGAUCAGAACAAGGAGCGUGGAGUUCAUGCCAUUCUUUCUGUCGCUAUUUAUGUUUCUGUGUGCUGCUUCGUUCUUUGUGUUUGGUCUGCUAGGUCGUGACCCCUUUAUUGCAGUACCGAAUGGUGUGGGUUCGGCUCUGGGGGCGAUGCAGCUAACAUUGUAUUCUGUGUACCGCGAAAACAGAGGAACACCCAAAACAGAGGAGGAAGCUCUGGAGAUGGGUGAAGCAAACCAAAACGUCCCCACAAAAGAAGCAAUCUAACUCGCUCUUCGUUGAUUAAUUUAUGAUAAAUGGAUUUGGUUUAAUGAAGAGGGACCUGCCAAUGUAAUUUUUGAUAUAUUAUUUUGUUCAAGUUGGUAAUUUCCCCUCGCCGUUGUUCUUCGUUGUUCUCCAUUAGAAAGUGAGCUGGAACUAGGUUUAGUUUACUUAAAAUCUUUUGUUUGUUGUUUGCUUGUUUGCUUGUUUUUUUUGCCAAGUUUUUAAAUAACAACCAACUUCAUUGAA